AUGCCUGCUGCAAAAACGGGAUUCAAUCGGGUGUUGGACGACUUAGCACGUCGUCAACUACGUCUCGAUUUUGAAUUCGGUACAGCUGCCGAAAAAUAUGAGCCAGUACGUAGCAUCGGAGCCGGAGCGUUCGGUAUCGUUUGUGAAGCAGAAGAAACAACCAGCGAUGGGAACUUCACAAAGGUCGCUAUAAAGAAGAUCGGUCAUGCCUCUGCAACUCCAACGUUAGCUCGUCGUACACUAAGAGAAAUCCGUGUAUUACGUCAUGUACAACACGAUAAUAUUGUGUCAAUGAGGGAUAUAUUUCGUACACGAGGACCAUUAGGAAUCAAUGUUUAUUUGGUAAUGGAUCUCAUGGAGUACAGUCUUCAUCAAGUCAUUCAUGGAUGCGCAAAUGAAUUGGACGAUUAUUUAAUUAGAAGAUUUCUUCAUCAGCUUCUAAUGGGACUUCGAUAUCUGCACACAGCUGGAAUCGCUCAUCGUGAUCUGAAACCGUCAAACCUGUUGGUGAACAGUGAUUGUACGCUACGCAUCGCCGAUUUUGGCAUGGCAAAACUAGCGAUGAAGGAUCAUAUGGAUGAAGCCGACGAGCACUGCUUCUAUAUGACACAACAUGUGGCCACACUACCAUACAGGGCACCAGAACUGUUGUAUGUCAUGCCAGAGCACUCAACCGCCGUUGAUAUGUGGGCAGUUGGAUGUAUAUUUGCCGAAAUGAUCCUGAGAAGAGAAUUGUUCCCAGGUCGUAGCGUUAGCGGACAAAUAAAAAUUAUUCUUACAAUGUUGGGAGCACCAUCACAAAAAAUUCUGGACGAGAUUCGGUGUGAACGUACGCGACGACUCAUCGAGAAUUUCGGCGACCACGCCCAAAGACCAUGGGCAGAAAUAAUGUAUUGCAGGGAGAGAGAGGUUUCUGAAGAGGUUAUCGACUUGAUUUCAAAGUUGGUCGUCGUUGACGUAGACGAUCGUAUUGACGUUCAUGGCGCUCUCAAUCACACAUACAUCACGCAAAGUAUCAGCCCGGACGAGCUCCGCGCCCAGAAAACUUGCCCAUUCAAGGUGAAAAUGGAUAUGGCCGCCGUUGAGACGUUAACACAUCAGGAAUUGACGCAAGCGUUGAAUAGGGAUGUUCGAUCGGCGGAUUGCUCUAUUUACUCAGUACAUUCCGGAGGUUCCGAAGGAUCGAAGAACUCCACCGAAUGCUCGUCGGCUGAGUCUGAAGAAGGUAGCGGUACACGAUGCGAGUUUGGCGGUGGUCUGAGUCCGAUCAUGACCGCUCUCUGA